UGCAGUGUGAGAGACAGAGGCCACUUUUUACUGCUACAGGAUAAAGCACCGUUUUUUUAUUUUUAUGUUUUGAGGCCAAAGAUCACUCAGAAUUGCCGAAUCAGCAUGGAGGACAGCAGUGGAGUUGCCAUCCUGCAUCCCCUCUCUAGAGGCCAACAGGAGACUGUCUUCAUCCCUGAAAGGGUGGAAACGCCUCCAGGUACCCUGAUGGAGCCUAGGGAUGAUGACCCGAGGCAGCAGCAGGCCGCAGACUCCCUCAUCGAGGUGAUCGAGAAGCUCAGCAAGAUCGUGGAGAAGCGCCCACGUCGAUGUACCCUGGCUGGGAAGAAGAGAGCCCUCAUGUCCUGUGCCUCCAUCAGAGUCCCAGAUAUCAGGGAGGGCAGUGGUGGGUCCUCCCCCUGCAAGAGAGUCCGGGAGUUGGAGGAAGAGGUGAAAGAGGAGGAGAUCAAGCCAGACAACAGUGCCCCUGCUGGCAGCAGUAGGACCAUCACCUGUUACCAGUGCAGCCUGUGUCGGUUCCUGUCCCCGACCUUGAGCCUGCUGAAGGAGCACCUGCGGCAGCACGAUGAGCAGCACAGUGACCUCAUCCUCAUGUGUUCUGAGUGUCGCUUCACCUCCAGCCACCAGGAGGAGCUAGAGGCCCACGUCAGGCUCCACUUUGACUGCAGCAACUCCAACAAGAACCCUGUAUCCAGCCAGCAGGCCAGUGAGGGGAAUGAGGACUUGGGGAUGGGAGGUAGUGUGGAGGACGUUGUGUUCAAAACCGCCAUGGACUGUGCUGAGGAGAUCCCUGCUAAUAAGAAGUGGUACAGCUAUGAGGAGUCUGGGAUGUACCGCUGCCUGAUCUGCAGCUAUGUGUGUGGACAGCAGCGAAUGCUAAAGACACAUGCAUGGAAGCACGCAGGUCUGGUGGACUGCUCUUACCCGAUCUUUGAGGACAAGGCAGUGGCACCUUCCAGACAAGAAGCACCAGCACCUCCUGUAGCUCCUCCUGCAGAGGAAGCCAUAGUGGUCCUCACCCCGGUCCCAGAGAACUCCCAGAACCUCAACAAGAUGUCCACCUUCCAGAUUGACCUCUGUGCCCCUGUGGCGGAGUGUAGGAAUGAGGCCAGGACAGAACCAAUCACAGAGGAGAGCCCAGUGGAGAGGCUAUCUAAAGACUCAGAGCCAAUGUUGGAGGUACAGGUGACCACAGUGACAGAGGUGGAACUUGUGCAGGACUGUCAUCAAAUUACAAGCACAACAGACAGCCUCCUGUCAUCAGCCCAGAAGAUCAUCAGCUGCAGUCCCAACAGUGCCGGCCAUGUCAACGUCAUAGUGGAGCGACUGCCGUGUGCAGAGGAACCCGUGGCCACCCAGCCCCUCCUCCCCAGCCCAGAGGUGGGCAGAGACGAGAGCCUGCUGGCUGCAGAGGAGGCGGACCAUGUGGAUAAACAGCCAAUGCUUGCUUACAAGGAUGAGCAGCAGGAGGUGGUGAUUUGCUGGAGCAACAGCGAGAGGCAGCAGACCACCACGGACCCUCCGCGUGACGAGAACGCUCCCCCAGCCCGCAGGAGGACCCACUCUGAGUCUCUGAGGCUGCACUCCCUGGCUGCUGAAGCUCUGGUGGCCAUGCCCAUGAGGACCGCAGAGCACAUCAGGAGCAUCGUGGGUCAAUGCUCCCAGAGCCCUGACACGGGCCAGAGGCUCCUGGAGAUGGCCACGGCUGCAGCAGUUUCAGCCGACAGAGCCCCUGCAGCUGUGGAGGAGCUGGCAGGAGUGGGCAGUGUGGGGUCAGCCCUGGUAGACCUGGAGCUACAGGGGUCCAGAGAGUACGGGCUGGCUGAGGGCCCCACCAAGGCUGGCAUAAGCCUGUCCCUGCUGACGGUCAUAGAGAGGCUGAAGGAGCGCUCGGAUCAGAACGCCUCAGAUGAAGACAUCCUGAAGGAGCUCCAGGACAACGCCCAGAGCCAGCACGCCGUGGAGGUCAGCGCCUGUGGAGGGGGGGACCCGGGUAACCCUGGUGGUGGUCUGGUGGACUACAUCCCUGGCAGCGAGAGGCCCUACCGCUGUCGCCUGUGUCGCUACAGCAGUGGGAACAAGGGCUACAUCAAGCAGCACCUGCGAGUACACCGCCAGAGACAGCCCUACCAGUGUCCCAUCUGUGAACACAUUGCCCUGGACAGCAAAGAUCUAGAGGGCCACAUGAUCAACCACUGCAAGACCAGGGUGUACCACUGCAAGCAGUGUACUGAGGCCUUCUAUUACAAAAGUCAACUGAGGAACCACAUUAGAGACCAGCACGGUUUGGGCGACACCAACGCAACACUAACCCCUGUCACUGAAACCACGGCGACCAUGGAGGAAUCUGAAAAGAUGACAAAUGACGAUUCCAUCAGUUCGCAGAAGGUGUACAGGUGUGAUGUGUGUGAUUACAGCAGCUCCACGUACGUUGGAGUUCGGAACCACCGGAGGAUCCAUAACUCUGACAAGCCCUACAGGUGCUGCAGCUGUGACUUUGCCACAACCAACAUGAACAGCCUGAAGAGCCACAUGAGGAGACAUCCCCAGGAGCACCAGGCUGUCCAGCUACUGGAGCAAUACAGGUGUUCACUGUGUGGCUAUGUGUGCAGUCACCCUCCGUCCCUCAAGUCUCACAUGUGGAAGCACGCUGGCGAUCAGAACUACAACUACGAGCAGGUGAACAAGGCCAUCAACGAGGCCAUCUCCCAGAGCGUCCGUUCCCCCAGUGCCCCGCAGAAGGUUUCAGCAGUGGGGGAGGCAGUGGCAGAACAGUCUGGUGUGGUGCAUUGUGGGAAGAAGGAGAGGGUCUUUGUGGACCCAGCCCCCGUAGCAGAGGUUCCUGUGGACAGUGUGUUUGGCGGUGGCUCAGGGCCAACAACAGAGCUCAUCCAGUGGUCCUCCAGAGAGCAGGCCCCACAGAGCGACAACCCCCAGCACAGCCCCCAAGGGAAGGAUGGGGUCCAGUCCCGGGCCGGCAUGGAGUAUUGUGUGCUGCUGUUCUGCUGCUGUAUCUGUGGCUUUGAGUCUACCAGCAAGGAGAGACUGAUGGAGCACAUGAAGGAACAUGAGGGAGACAUCAUCAGCAUCAUCCUGAACAAGGAGCAGCAGGGAGCAGCCCAACCAGCAGAGGGCAGCACAGCACAGUGAGAGAGCAUUUACCCCUCCCCUUACCCCAACAAAGAACCAGGAACCUACCCCCUCACUCACACUGAGUCUGAUUUUAACAGGGAAGUACUGUACCGUGCAUCUUGUUUUCUGGUUCUUAAUUUUAUGAACUUAACAGAAGGUUACAAAAACUGUAUCAGUUGGAGCUCAGACAUACAGAAAAUUGGAAAACUCCCAUGUCAAGGCGUUGCAGUAAAAUGUUCAACCUGAACAAGUUCAGACACGUUUAAUACCUCAGAAAACAGACAUUUCCAUAUUUUCAAAUGGAGCUCAGUCCAUUCUACUCAGCAAACAUAUAUUGACCACAUGGCAGCUUUUGUAUUAAAAUACUGUAAUAUAAUUUAAUAUAUUUAAUCGUUCACAUUUAUAGUUUGUCUGUGGCACCUGCACUAGGCUAUACAGAGAUGCCAUCUACUUGCAUGUUGUGUUCAUCUUAGCUAUAUUCAAAAUGGGUUAAUACAACCUGGUCUCAGAGCAUUUCGUAUUAUUCUGUACAUAAAUCUGAGACAAUCGAUAUUUUGAAAAUUUGUAAUGGCUAAUGUUAGCCACCUAGCUAGAAUUCGUAACGUUGCAUACGUUUAGCAAAUUCAUAUAAUGUUGUACGUUUGGCAAAUUCGUAACAUAAUGCAAAUUGUAGUUCUUAACAUAUCAUUAUGAAAUGGAUGAUUUACUUCCACAAAUUAAUACAUACCAUACGAAAUGUAACGCAUCAUACUAAUUUGAGUGUCCUGGAUUUACGUUUACAAUGUUACGUCUAGUCUAUGAGACCAGGCUGGUUAAUAAUAUGUAUAUAUGUAUCAAUGUAGGCCUAUGCAUGUUGGUUUUCGUUAUGUCGGCGCAAAGGAAAAGUCUUAUUUUAUUUAAUUCACUGUUUGAUUCUAUUUUGACCUAUUGGACCUCUGAUACGUUUAUGGUAAUGAUGGGCCACUUGAGGGUGGUUUCCUAAAGCUGUAGGAUAGAUAGGCUGGUAACAAGUUGUUGUUUUACCAACAUUCACCACGGCGUCAAGGCUUCUUGAGGCAGAAAUCGGUUAGGGAGGAAUUUCUACGGUACGAUCAGUCAAUUAUGGUGCAUAUUGGUGGUCAUUUUAGACCCCGGCGUUAUGGCCGCGAGAUGGUAAAUGGACAAUCGUUUAACUUUGAUUGCAGCCAACACCCAACUGUGUUUAGCUUCGGCUACGUAUUACUGUUCUGAAUACGAGAAUCAUUUCUAGAUUCAUGUUUUAGCUCAACAAUUGCCAAGUUGAUCACUUGAAUAUGGUAAGCAGUUCCCAAAGUUUCUCCACAUAGGCCUAGCACUUGUCGAUAAUGGAUGGCUGGAGUGAUUGACAUCCUAGCACAGAGCGGUGUGCUAGUAUAGUAAACCUGCUAAUCCUAUCUCUGUGUGCUGUGUUGACCAAUAGCGGAGGGUGAUAUAUAUAUGACCAGCUUUUCAAGUGAUGGGCCUAUAGGCUACUGUAGACUGACGUUGGAUACGGUGUUUUCCGUUUGACUACCUCUGCUAAUGUAUUUCCAAACUUCACUCGCUGCUCCAGUUAGUUUCACACUAAACAUGCUUUGGUAUGCAGAGUGGCGACUUGGAAAUAAUUUCCAUGCCCUUACUGUUUUUAUGUAGACAGAUAGGUGUCGGAAAUGAUGAUCAAAUUAAAUAUCCAUAAUUCGAGGGAUUUCUGGAUUUGCGUUUGUGUAGCUCAAUGUGUCAAAUAAAUGAAAUCGUUAUCUUCUGCACGCUGAAAUUCUCAUUAUAAUGGCAGAUUAUUCCCAUGUUAAUUUACAAUUCAAAGUACUAACGUCAGGAAGACCGUGACGGUCUGCAUUUAAACCGCACUUAAUUCCCCCACCCCCUAUUUACAUAGUUUGCAUUUUAAUGAGUGGUUCAGUGAAUUAAAGCAAGAGACAAGCAAGCAGAACCACAUGCUGAUCAUAGGCCACUUUCUGCUACGUAUAAUCUAUCUGGGGGGUUUAUAUGAUUCUAUUUGUGGACGUACGGUAGUGCAGCUUCUUGCUGUGUCUUUCUGAAAGCCUAAUGAUCGUCUUACCUAUGCAGACCAUGAGACAGAGGGGACACGGUGGGAAAGGGGAACUGACUAGUGGCCUAAGUGAAUUGAUUGGUGGUUGUGGGUCAGAGGUGCAAAUAGUUUUGGGUAGAUCUGACGUCGUAUUUCUUGUGGGAAAGCUUCAGGUUAUCUGAAUGUUCAUUUUACCCAUGCAGAGUUGGCUAAAUGUCAUUUGUGAAGCCAGUUUAUUCUUUCAGGAGGGCUUAGCCUUUUGUUUGUUUUUGUUCCCGUAUUUACGUUGUCACGUGUGGGAACUUGAAGCCUUAGAUCCAGGACUAAAUCUGUUCGUUUCAUGUGUGUUGAGCGUGAAAAACACAUUGGUGUUACAGAUGUUAACUCAAACCGGUGCGCCUGGCACCUACUACCAGACCCCGUUCAUAGGCACUUAAACAUUUUGUCUUGCCCAAUCCCCCUCUUGAGUGGCACGUACACACAAUCCAUGACUAAAUUGUGCUAAUACAUUUGUUCUGUAGUUUAUGUCCAGUCUGCUGGCGAAAUUGCAUACUCAAUUAGAUAUAUUACUAUGGUUAUUUAUCUCUUAUACUACUUGUUAUUUGUCUAUUUGAUUUGGAAAUGUUAGAUUUCAGAUGGUGAUGCAUCCAUGUGAGUCUACCACUCUGGCUUUAAUUUCAGAAAUUAGGCGAUGAACUGACAUGAGAACCUGGAUGGGAGGGAAAGGUUCUUAUAGGGUGUGUGACAUCUGAUGUGGAUGAUUUUGACAUGUUCUUUGUUUGACUUAACCAACCCUUAACCCCAGGUCCCUACUCAAUUCAACUACAGGGUGCCAUGUGAUGCGUAACCGUCAAUAGAUUGUGCAUUUUCAAAUACAUUUUAACGUGCUAUUUUUGCUCAUCCUGUCAACGUUUGUGCCUUUAUUUUUUUAAUUUUUUUAAGUCUCUAAGAGAGUCUCUCGUAGUCAUUAGCUAGCUAUUUGUUAUAGGCUAUGUCUGCCCGCGGGUGCUGUUGUGCGCCCAUCUGUUCAGAAUGAUAAUCCAAGGAGGUCGUGGGUGUUAUUCAGUCAAAGCUGAAUAGCCUCUGUAACGCCAACCCCUUCCUCUGUGAUGUAUCCCACACACUGGUUGGAGCAACGUUGUUUCCACAUUUCAAUAAAAUGACAUUGAACCAACGUGGAAUAGAUGUUGAAUUGACGUCAGUGGACUGGGUCUGUACAUAAUUAGUUGAAAUACUGUAGUAUUGCAAACUGACUUUUUUUUAUAAUCUAUUUUUUAAAUAUAUUGUAAAGAAAAAAACACUAAGUCCCAUGUUUUUUUUUGUUGCUGAAAUAAAAACAUUUGCUAAAAUG